AAUUUUUUCAUAGAAAGAGAAGAAGGAACGGAGAAGAGUUUUCUUUGUCACGGCGUACCAUCAGCGGCUUUAUUCAUCGACCGAGUGAUUAAAAUAUCGGAGGAGAAGACCAGAAUGGGAAGUGCUGCGGCGCAGAUUCCGACGAGCUUCGGGCAUGAACUGAGGGCUUGCCUUCGUUGCCGCCUCGUCAAAACCUACGAUCAGUUUCGGGAAUCGGGGUGCGAGAACUGUCCUUUCUUUAAGAUGGACGAGGAUAACGAACGUGUCGUCGAUUGCACCACUCCUAAUUUUACUGGGAUAAUCUCGGUCAUGGAGCCAAGUAGAAGUUGGGCUGCUCGGUGGCUGCGAAUUGGAAAAUUUGUCCCUGGUUGUUACACUCUUGCAGUCUCAGAGGCUCUUCCAGAGGACUUGCAGAAUUUAUGUGAAGAUGAGCACGUGCAAUAUGCGCCACCGAAACGUGUAUGAAUGUGGAAAGUAUCUGAAAUUCGAACAUUUGAUGUAACCAAAUCCUUGUUGUAAGACCCAGGACGAAAAAACCUUGAAGCGUUCUUCUGCAUCCUUCUACAUGUGAUGGGAUUUAAUCUUUUA